AUGAUGAAUGACACUACAGUGACUGAAUUCAUCCUGCAGGGCUUCUCAGACGAGCUUGAAAUGAGAAUCAUGAGUGCCGUGCUCGUUCUCUUCAUCUACCUCUUUGCCCUCCUGGGCAACGCCUCUGUCAUUGCAGCUGUGACCAGGGACAGCCACCUGCACACUUCCAUGUACUUCUUCCUGAAGAAUCUCUCCUUCCUGGACAUGUGCUACCCCUCAGUCACUGUCCCCAAGGUGCUUGCCAGUUCCCUUGCAGGCUCCAACGUCAACUCCUUCUGGGAAUGGAUGGCCGAGCUCUUCCUCUUUGUGACCCUGUGUGCCUUGGAGUGCUUCCUCCUCACAUCCAUGGCCUGCAACCGCUGCUUGGCUAUCCACAGGCCUCUCCUGUAUGGCAUCAUGAGCAGAAAGCUGUGCUAUGAGCUGGUGGUGGCGGCCUGGCUGAGUGGGGUCCUCUAUGACAUCUUCCACACCAUCAACACCUUCUCCCUCCCCUUCUGUGGGCCCAACAUCAUCAAUUACUUCUUCUGCGACAGCUCCCCCAUCAUGAGGCUUUCCUGCAGGGAUGCCUGUGCCAUCGAGGAGGUGAGAUUUGUGGUGGUGGGGUGUGUGAUUCUCGGGGUCUGUGCCCUCACCAUCCUACCCUAUGUCCUCAUCAUUGCCAAUGUCAUGCAGAUCCACUCUGCGGGUGGCUGCCAGAAGGCCUUCUCCACCUGCUCCUCCCACCUCGUCUGGGUCAUUCUGUUUUACAUUGCUGGGAGCUUUGCUUACCUGACACCUACUGCCCAGUACUCACCCACCGAGGAGGGGCCAUCCUCACACCCAGCUUGA